GCAACCACUGGACCUGCUGCUCCUCCAACCUCGCAGCUGUUCUAGCCUCACUCUCACCUACAAGCCUCCCCCACCAAUGGCUCCCCACCUGGCGACCCCAGCAUGCACCCCACUCGUCUGGCUCUAACCGCCUCCUCCCCUCUCCCCACCAUCCCGUCCCGGUCUCACCUCGCCGCGCCGGGACCCAAGCCCAAACCCAAUCCCCUAAACCCAGCCCCAAACCCUAGCGCCGCCGCCGCCAUGCUGCGCCGCCUCGCCUCCGCUGCCGCCCCGCGGGCCUUCUUCUCGUCCUCCCCGCCGGCGGGCUACACCGCUCGCCGCGAGUACGGGCUGGUCCCCAUGGUGAUCGAGCACACCUCCCGCGGGGAGCGCGCGUACGACAUCUUCUCGCGCCUCCUCAAGGAGCGCAUCGUCUGCAUCCACGGGCCCAUCGCCGACGACACGGCGUCGCUCGUCGUCGCGCAGCUGCUGUUCCUCGAGUCCGAGAACCCCGCCAAGCCGAUCCAUCUUUACAUCAAUUCCCCCGGCGGGGUGGUCACCGCGGGCCUCGCGAUCUACGACACGAUGCAGUACAUCCGGUCCCCGGUCACCACGCUCUGCAUCGGCCAGGCCGCGUCCAUGGGCUCCCUCCUGCUCGCCGCGGGCGCGCCCGGCGAGCGGCGCGCGCUUCCGAACGCCCGGGUUAUGAUCCACCAGCCGUCGGGUGGUGCGUCGGGGCAGGCCUCCGACAUAGCUAUCCACGCCAAGGAGAUCCUCAAGGUGCGUGACCGCCUGAACAAGAUCUACGCCAAGCACACAGGCCAAGCCAUCGAAAGCAUCGAGAAGUGCAUGGAGAGGGAUAUGUUCAUGGACCCAGUGGAGGCGCACAGCUGGGGGCUCAUUGAUGAGGUCAUCGAGCACCGCCCCGUUUCACUUGUUUCUGAUGCCGUUGCCAGUGAUCCACCGAGCACUGGUGGAGCUGGAGGAGGGGAAAACAAGGGAACAGAGGAGCCAUCUCCGGCUUGAUUGGUGGUUACAAGGUGCAACCCUUUUUGCAUUCCUGGAUUCAAUGCUUAAUUCUUACAUAUGGCUACAACUUGUUAUUCUGGCAGCAGGGAGCUUAUGCUCUAGCUAGCCCGUUCUUUCGCUACUUCAAUUAGUUUGCUGCUGAUAAUGAAUACAAUCCUUGCUUAGCCGCAUUGAUCUUGAUAGCUGCAGUUUUUAAGAUGUUUGGCUAAAACCAGCAAAGUUCAUGUUAAAGGAUAAAAACAGCUGUAUUUGCAGCAUCAUGAUGUCUAGUUGGGAAAUCUAUAGCACACAUGCUGAAUAACUGGUUGUUGCAUACUGGGAUUCAUAAUUUUUAGUCAGUGCCUCCUUCAUUAUGCAAUUUUUGUUGUACCGUGUUAUCCAUAAGACAAAAAUAAUGCACUUGUGUUCAUGCA